CUUGUAUACGCAGUUCAACGGUGGAGGCCGGAGGGACGCACGCGGUUGUUUCAAUUACUUCCACACUUUUUGAAGAACACUGGCCAAGUGUCCCACCAGCGAUAGCCUCGAAGAAAAACAACAACAGGUCAAGGUGUGUGUAUGGGAAAGCACUAUUCGAAAGGCCACACCGAUACCAGCUGCUGGAUACCAGUCCAAGUGUAGCUGUGAGGAGGUGACCCAGGACGAUCCAAUUCUGUUUCCAUGUAAUUCAAACACUGGUAGCUGCAAGAUGUGUAUAAAGAGUAAUAGUAUAAAGGUAUGUACUGUAAAGCUAUUACAUUUUGGAGUUGUUGUAACAUAUAUGUUGCACACACACACAAACAUGCUUACUGACAGGUGUACUGGUUACCCUAACUUUUGUUGUUGCCCAGUUUCUCUUCCCCCUCUUAUCUCCAUUGGCUGGGGUAAAUGAUCAGAUGAAGUCAUAGUUAACUGGUGCAUGAGAUUGGCCAUAGCCUUCCAUACAGAAAUUCAGUAACUCAGCCCAUAAAUGUCAUCCGUGCUAAGUUGAAGUAAUGAAUGACCUCUAAUUUUCAUUCAUGUGGUGUAGCUACUGGUAUGGUACAUAAUUGAUGCAUACUGCUGAGGAAAAAAAAUAACCUUUUAAUCAUGAGUGCUGUUAUGCAUAAUUGCUCUAUGUGCCCUUUCUCUACUUCAAAAGUCAGUAGAUAUAUUCAUCAUAUACUUAGAGUGCACAAAAAUAGUCCUAAUUUCUUAAUAUCAUGUAACCUUGGCACAUGUGCUUACACUACUAAAAGUUGGAAAGCUUUUAAGCAACACAAUUGGCGAUGCCACAAAGAAGUUGGUAGCAUCAGUGAUGAACAUAUGGCAGCUACUGGUGGUGAAGAAUCUGUUAUUGGAGAUGUUCUUGAUAUACCCAGUGAUGAAACAAAUACUCUCUUUGAAAAUUUUGCAUUUUUAAAGAAUGCUGAAUAUGCAUUGAAAUUAGAAACACAACACAGAAUUCCAAAGAGUGCUGUUAAUGAUAUCAUUGCACACACAUCACUAUUAGUGUCUCAUUAUGUGACCCAAGCAGUUAAUAAGGUAGUCACUACUUCUGGAAUAAAAUUGGGAAGUGAGGUUUUGGAGUCUAUUAAACAUGUUGAUUUCAGCAAUAUAAGUACAGACCAUAAUAGACAUAAAUAUUACCAAACUCACUGCAAGUUGAUAUCACCUGAAGAAGUUUUAGUUGGGAGUGAAAGUAAAACAGUCAAUGGAGAAACAAGAGAAAUAAAGAAGCUUGGAUAUUAUGUACCAUUCAAGGAGAGCAUUCAGGCUCUCUUACAAUUGCCAGAGGUAUUAAGAGCAGUGCAAACAUCCCAUUACUCACAAAAUGAUAUGAUGCAUGAUAUAUGUGAUGGAACAUUUAUUAGGGAGCAUACAGUAUUUCAGCAGAAUGUAAAUGCAUUGCAAAUAAUAUUAAAUCAUGAUGACAUGGAGAUAGUGAAUCCUCUUGGCACUCAUGUAAAAAAGCACAAGCUCUCCAUGUUUUACUACAGCUUAGCAAAUAUUCCACCUCAAUUUCGAUCAAAGCUGUCAUCUAUUCAGCUCGUAGCUAUAGCCAAAAGCAGGGAUAUUAGAAAAUUUGGAGUUAAGACUCUUCUUCAGGAUUUUUUAAAUACUUUGAAUGACAUGCAGCAAAAAGGAAUAGAAAUAGAAAUAAAUGGUUCUAAGCAAACUGUAUAUGGGGCUUUGGUAAUGGUUCCAUGUGAUACUCUUGCUGCACAAUGGCUGGGAGGUUUCAAAGAAGGAGUUGCUUUUGCUGUCAAGCCUUGCAGAACUUGUGAAGUCACUAAAGUUGACUUGAAGAGAAAAUUUAGCCAUGUAGAAUGUGAGGAACGCCAGUUUGUAGAACAUAGUGAGAGAACAGCUGCUUUGAAGACUUUGAGUAAGGCAUCCAUGGAGUAUUGGAGUAAAAUGUGGGGAAUUAAAGAAGCUAGUGCUCUAAGUAAUAUAAAAGAUUUUCCAUUAAGUCAAUGCCUUGUCCAUGACCCAAUGCAUGUGUUAACAGAAGGCAUUGUCCCUUAUGAAAUGGCAUUAAUGCUGUAUAGUUUUGUGUAUUGCAAGAAUUAUUUCAGCUUGGCCUAUCUGAAUGCUCAGAUGGAAAACUUUGCAUUUUCAUACCUAGAUUCAAGUCAUAAACCUGAGAAAAUAGACCAGAAGCAACUAGCUACUGAUAAGAAAAUAAAGCAAACUUCAGCAUCGAUCUUGACCCUGUCAAGGUGA